CUUUGUUCCCUUGUGAUCAGAUGAUUGCUUCAGAUGUGCUGCCAGAGAAGAUGUUUUUACCUGUGCACAACUCGGAUACACAGCUGAUAAAUGCUAAUGAAACAAAGAGACUGGAUGAAAUUUCAACUGAUGCUGAACCUGAGAGAGGUACCACACCUCACUUGGAGGCAGCAAAAAUCUAUAAACAACCAUCAGAGGAUGCAGAAUCCACAAAGGAGAACAAUGCUGCUUUUCCUUGUUGGCAGAAAGGCUGCAACAAAGUCUUUACAUCCUCAAGUGCACUCCAGACACACUUCAACCAGCUUCAUAGCCAGAAAUCUCAAACGGCAAUAUCUGAUCGCCACAUUUACAAGUACCGGUGUAAUCAGUGCAGCCUAGCAUUUAAAACCCCUGAAAAGUUGCAACUGCAUUCUCAGUACCACGCUAUCAGAGCUGCCACCAUAUGCUGCCUCUGUCAACGCAGUUUUCGUACAAUGCAGGCCCUUCGGAAACACCUUGAGACAAGCCACCUGGAGCUAAGUGAAACCCAGAUACAGCAGCUUUAUGGUGGUUUAAUGAUGAAUGGUGAUACCCUGAUCUCUGCAGACCAAACAUUUGGUGAAGAGGAGGGAUCACCAGAAGAAACUGAGAUGAAAGAUGAUGAAGAAUGUGAUUUGGAGAAAAAACUUAGUCCUACAGACAAUGAUUCAAGUUCAGUUAAAGAUAAUGCUGAAUGUGACCCCAAGCAGCCUGUUUUUCCACUUAGAAAGGGCCCGAAUAUUACAAUGGAGAAAUUUCUGGAUCCAUCGAGACCUUUCAAAUGUACUGUUUGCAAGGAAUCUUUCACACAGAAGAAUAUUCUCUUGGUUCACUACAACUCAGUGUCACACUUACAUAAACUUAAACGGUCUCUGCAGGACACGUCAACUGGAUUGCAAGAGCCUGUCAACAAUGCAGACCACAAACCAUUUAAAUGUAGUAUUUGCAAUGUAGCAUAUAGUCAGAGUUCAACCUUAGAGAUCCAUAUGCGUUCUGUCUUGCACCAGACAAAAGCUCGUGCAUCCAAGCUUGAGACAUCCACUUCUAGUUCUGAAUCUGUUGGCCCUCCCCCAAGCAAGGCAUUGUCCAGCACCCCUGCAACCAUGAAGCCUGCUACUUCCAUGAACAAUGCUGAUCUAAGCCACCAACAAAACACUGAACUCAAUGGCACACCUGCAAACCCAGACACCAACCAUCCUUCAACAUCUGACAUGAGGAAGAAGUUGGUAAACAUGAUUGAUUCAGCUACCAAGCAACAACAGAUGUCAUUACAACAACAACAGCAGCAGCAGUUAGCCCAGGCUCAAGCCCAUCUCCAGCAAGAGCUCCAAAAGAACGCUGCUCUUCUUCAGUCCCAUUUAUUCAAUCCUGCACUUUUACACCCUUUUCCUAUGGCAACAGAGGCUCUUCUUUCAGUGCAGCAGCAACAGCAAUUGCUUCUUCCUUUUCUUAUUCCAGGAGGAGAGUUCCGCAUGAAUCCAGAGGUGAACCUUACAGGCUCUGGUCUAAACUUAAGCACAUUAAAGCCUAUUGUAAAUGAGGAUACUGCUGAGUCUUCUGAAAAAGAUGGCUCGAAAUAUUGUUCUAAACAAAAACAAAAUGAAGAUCUUGUAAUUCAUCCUGAAAUUAAUGAACAAAAACUGACCAGUGAUCCACAGUGUGAGAAGGAUGCAGAUGAACUGAACAGUAAUGUAGGAUCAAAAGAAAUGGAUAAUGUGGGUAUCGGAGUAAAAACACAUCAUCCCAAAACACAAGAAAAUGAAGAUGUAAACAAAGAGAUGUCCACCAGUGGGAAGAGUUUUGAUGAGUUUCUCCCACCCAGAAUAGCCCAUGAUGCCCCUGGGAAUGCUUCAAAUGCUUUGCUUGAAAACAUUGGUUUUGAGUUAGUCAUGCAAUUCAAUGAAAAUAAGCAGCGAUAUCAGAAAAAUAUUACUGAGGCGAUACCAAAUGGUGGGGAUGUGACUGACACCAAAGAGGUGGAUCAUUCAGAAGGCAUGGAGAAGCUAGAGUGUGAGUCCUGUGGGAAGCUUUUUUCAAAUGCACUGAUUCUGAAGAGCCAUAAAGAGCAGAUUCAUCAUUCCGUAUUCCCUAUCAAGUCAUUGGAGAAAUUUGCCAAAGACUACAGGGAGAAAUAUGACAAACUGUUUCCAUUGAGACCUAAAACUCCAGAGGCUUCUCCAGUCUCAUCCCCUUCUCCUACACCACCUAUGAUUUCCAACCCUUCAGUGCAGCAACCACAACAGCAACAACCAGUGCAACCAAUUGUUCCUGUUUCUACACUCAGUUCUACUCCUGCUACUGUCUCCAAUUCUCAAGUUAAGACUCCAUUAGCUCAAAUUCCCUUACCCAUGGAACUUCCUCUCUUCCCCCCACUUCUAAUCCCCCCCAUACCUUUGCAAGCUUUAACUCAUCAGGGCCCUGUCCAUCUGCCCCCAGUGGAGGCCGGUUUGAGUUCUGAUUUGACACAGCUUUAUCAACAACAGUUAACUCCAUCAAUGUUACAGCAGCAAAGUAAAAGACCUCGAACCAGAAUCACGGAUGAUCAGCUUGUAAUCCUGCGUCAGUAUUUUGAUAUCAACAAUUCUCCGAACGAGGACCAAAUCCAUGAGAUGGCCAACAAAUCUGGUUUGCCACAUAAAGUCAUAAAGCAUUGGUUUCGGAACACUCUAUUCAAAGAACGCCAGCGCAACAAGGAUUCUCCAUAUAACUUUAGUAACCCUCCCAUCACAACACUGGAAGAUGUAAAGGUGGAUUCUAGACCACCGUCUCCUGAACCACUAAGACAAGAAUUUUAUGGGGGUAGGAGGUCCUCAAGAACCAGGUUUACUGACUAUCAGCUAAGAUUACUGCAGGAUUUUUUUGAUGCCAAUGCAUACCCCAAAGAUGAUGAGUUUGAGCAACUGUCCAACCUCCUUAAUCUUUCCACCCGUGUGAUUGUGGUAUGGUUUCAAAAUUCCAGACAAAAAGCUCGGAAGAACUAUGAGAACCAAGGAGAGGGAGGGAAGGAUAGUGAACGCAGAGACCUAUCUAAUGACCGCUACUUUCGUACUUCCAACAACAAUUUCCAGUGUAAGAAAUGCAACAUAGUCUUUCAACGCAUUUUUGAUCUAAUUAAUCACCAGAAAAUGCAGUGUUACAAAGAUGAGGAGGAGGAAAUGCAGAACGAUCAGAAUGACACUUCAAUGGAUUCUAAGACUGAGUGUCAUAGUCCAAUAUCUGGACCCUCUUGUUUUACACAAGCAAAUUGUUGCUCAAGCCCCUCCAGUUCAUCUGGUUCUAGUACUAAUGUGAAGUCCACUGAUUCUGAGCAUAUGCACACAACAAGUCUUUCUAGAGAGCUUAAACAAGCAAAUGAAGUAUCCUCUGACCCUAAACAGGCUGUUAGUAUCAACACUGAGUUUGAGGAAUUAGAGAACAGAAUGCAGCAGCCAAGGCCUCUCUGUGAGGAGAACCAAAAUGUAAGCACAGAGAUUCACUCUCAUUCUCCUCCUAAACAACAACAGGUUUCCUGCACGUCUGAAACAAAACCAACUCCAUCACAGAGCUCCCAAAAGAUUUGUAGUCCUUUAGAGAUUCCUUCAUCUGAGCAACAACUGCAACAGAAACCAGCUCAGGAUAUGAGCCCUUACCACUGCAUCCAGUGUAAAUUGAGCUUCCCCUCUUUUGAACAUUGGCAAGAGCACCAGCAAAUGCACUUCCUUACCCAAAGUUACUUUCCCAGCCCACAGUUCCUCGACCGCCCUAUAGACAUGCCUCUUAUGCUGUUUGACCCUGCUAAUCCCCUACUUGCAAGGCAUCUGCUUUCAGGAACAAUUUCCCAGAUAGUGGCAAAUCCACCAGCAGUGACAACCAUUCCAGAUUCAACAAUAAACUCUCUAAAGAGGAAACUUGAGGAGAAAGCAGGAACCAGUUCUAUGGAGAAUGAUUGGGAAAAUAAUGGGGAGGAACCCCAGCGAGACAAACGUAUGAGGACCACCAUAACACCAGAGCAACUAGAGGUUUUGUAUCAGAAAUACCUUUUAGACUCCAAUCCAACACGCAAGAUGCUUGACCAUAUCUCUAACGAGGUCGGACUUAAGAAAAGAGUAGUUCAAGUCUGGUUCCAGAACACUCGAGCUCGUGAGAGGAAAGGCCAGUUCCGGGCAUUGGGACCAUCUCAUAUCCAUCGUCGUUGCCCAUUCUGUCGAGCUCUCUUUAAAGCACAGACUGCUCUUGCUGCUCACAUACGUUCACGUCACUGGCAUGAAGCAAGGAAUGCAGGGUAUAGUAUGGCAAUAUCUAGUAUGACUCAAGACCAGGAAAGUUCUCAAAUUAAAUCUGAUCUCUUUGAUUUUGCCAAUUAUUCUCAGUUUUUGAGCUCCACUGAUGAUGCAGAUUCUCCCACGUGCAAAAGCAUGGACCUGUCUUCACAUCAGCAGCGUCUGAGCCCAAAACCUAUAAAAGGUGAGAGUAUGGAAGAUUUUGAGAUGCCUUCCAUGUCAGUUUAUCAGACUUUUGAACAGAGCAUGCUGAAUAACUGUGAGGCUAACACAAACACGACCCAUGACCAUACAACUGAUGAAGGAAAUGACUCUCUAGAGGGUAAACAUGGCAGUAUCGACCACAUGUCUCCCAGCACUGAGAGGGGGGCUUCUUCUGAAAGUGAUGAAAAGAUGUCUUCUGGAUUGGUUAGCCCUGCAAUGAGCUUUAAUGCUAAAGAUUUUGAUAAUGAUUUAGUCUUAGAUUACAGUGAAAAUUCCAGCCUGGCUGAUCCAGCUUCACCAUGCCCUGGUAGCUCCAAUAGUCAGAGCUUUGAUGACAGAUAUAGCCAAAAACGCUACCGCACUCAAAUGAGCAAUCUGCAGGUGAAAGUGCUCAAAGCCUGCUUUAGUGACUAUAAAACCCCAACAAUGCUCGAGUGUGAAGCCUUGGGCAAUGACAUUGGACUUGCCAAGAGGGUGGUUCAGGUGUGGUUUCAGAAUGCUCGUGCCAAGGAGAAAAAGGCGAAGCUUAGCCUUGCAAAGCAGUUUGGUACAGAGAGUACUUCUAUUGAUAGACCUAAGACUGAAUGCACUCUUUGCUCUGUUAAAUACAGUGGCUGCUUGUCUAUUCGUGACCAUGUCUUCUCCCAGCAACAUCUUGCUAAAGUUAAGGAGGCUCUAGGUGGCCAGAGGAAGAGGGACAAGGAAUAUUUGGGUUCAGUAUCUGCUCGACAGCUGAUGGCUCAACAAGAGGUGGAUCAUCUAAAAAAAACAAGUGAUGCUCUGGGACUUGUCCAACCACAAGCUAUACUGAGCUCAGUAGGCCUCAACCAAACUGCCCUUCAGUGUCUGAACCAGUCUCCAAUGUACUCAAGUCUGCAGACACAGAACACUAAAAGCAUACGAGGUGGUAACUGCAAAAUGACUGAUGGUUUUUCUUCCAUAAAAACAGAAGGUGCCAGUGACCCUCCUGUAAAUGAGCUGACCCGCAAGCCAACCAUGACGUCCUCUUCUGCCAUAUCAGCUAUGGAUGACAAAGAUGUAGUUAGCACAACCAACUCUGUCUUGACCCCAAAGACCACAGAACAAGAACUUCAGUUACCCAAAGAAAAUGACACUAGAAGUAACAGGAUUCCCACACACAAGCUUGACAGUUCUCCAUUGGGAAAUGCUACUCGUGCAAACUCUUCUUGCAACAGUAAAGAGAAGUCAGACUCUUCCAGACCAACAGUAUCUACUCCAAAUACUGGAAGGGAAUAUGCCAUAGACCCAACUCAGCUACAAAUACUUCAUGCAGCAAUGAAAACUGACCAAGCUGCUCUGCUCCCUAGUUCUCUCCUGCCCUGUCUGAUGCCUGGCUUCCCUCCACUUUUUUCUGCCCAUAUUCCCACACCUAUGCCUGGAGGCCUCCUGCAGCCCAUGUUUGGCAUGGAAAGCAUGUUCCCAUAUGGUCCAGUCUUGCCACAGGCUCUAAUGGGGCUGUCCCCGGGCUCCAUUCUCCAGCAAUAUCAACAAAAUCUGCAGGGUGCACUGAUGCAACAAAGACUGCAGCUGCAACAACAGAAACAGUUAGUUCAGCUACCAGAGAAACCAAAACCUAGCCAAAUCUCUGCUCGCCUCCAUGCAGAGGACACCAUUUCAUCCAAACGUGACAAGAAGCAAGGCACACUCAAUGGCACAGAUUCCCCCUUCAUAAACUCUGUCAACACUAAGCAGCCAGAUGUGAAUAACAACUUUCUUCUAAGCCACUGUAUUGUUUCCAAAACAGAGUGUAAAACAGAAGGCAAGGAUGGUCAUCUUUAUGACUGUCUCGCCUGUGAGGUGUCUCUCACUGGGAAUGCAGAGCUCAUCAAACAUCUUGAGUUCCCUCAGCACAGACAAAGAGUGGCAGAGAGACUGAAUGCCAAAGAGCAUGCUUCUCAAUUACCUCACAUCAGUCCCUCAUCUACCUCUCAGUCAAAUCCAUCCAGUGAACAGAGAUCCUCUUCAAUGGCCCAGUCUUCUUUAGGUACUCCUUCUGAAACCUCCAUCCCUACCCCAACCAGUUCUGACCAGACCAGUAGACAUCUCCAAAGCUCAAUCCUGACUUCAGCUUUACCUGAGGCUUCCCAAAGCUCACAGGCUUCUCACUCACAUCAUGUUCUUUCACCUUCAAAUGUUACCUCAAGCCUGACAAGCCUUGCAAAGACAUGUCACACAAAACCAAUAGACUCUGUGGAUGGGCGUUGCGACGGCAACGAGUCAGAGGAGGGACAAUACUCGACAUAAUAUAUUGGAGCAAGAGGUUUGAUAACACUUGUUUUUAUGGCUUUGAAGCCUCAGAAAAGACUCCAUGGAAUAAAAACUAACAAGAGGAAAGUAAAACAAAAUGUCUCCACUGUAGAUUACCCUGGGGGAAAGAUAUGACCCAGAGCUAGUUUGGCAGACUGUUUUAAAAGGACUGAAUCCUGUAGGAUCCAACUUGCAUUACCAGUGCUUGUAACCAAAAACAAGUGUCAGUAGAAUGUUUUUUUCCAUUUCAAUAUGCUGGUUUUUAACAAAAACUUGAGUAUAUGUAAACUGUUUUGAAACUAAAGGGUGCACAGCUAAAGACUGGUGAAGAACCUGAGAUGGUUUCAUGAUUACUUAACUAACCAAAAGUCUGUUUAUAACGUGUAAGUUUUAACAGACACCCAUAAAACACCCACACUAUUUUUUUGCCCUGUCAAGUGUUAAAAUAUUAUAUUAUUGGCUUAAUGAAGUGAUGUAAUGUUUUUUGAUGUUGUCUUCUCUCAGGUCAACAGCUCUCAAUUUUGUUCUGUUACAAGACAUACCAAUAGAAAAUAUAUUAAGCCCAAAAGAAAUGUGUAAUGAAUGAAAACGUACAAUUCUGAUUUGUAUUCAAAGUCCUGAAACUAAGCUAGUAGAUGUUCACUUUUUUUUUCACGGACAUGUAUUUGUCCAGACACAAAGCGUAUUGCAGACCGUUGUAAAUUGUGGAAAAAUAUAAUUUUUUUUUUUUUUUUUUUUUUUUUUUAAAUUGACAAAAACAUUCUGUGUUAAUGAUAGAUAAAUGUAUGAACAUUUUGGUGUUGCGUAGAUUGUUGAAUUCAGAUGACUUAAUUGUAUGGUAGGUUUAAAACAAAUGACUUGUAUAUUUAACUUUUGUAUUGUCCCAGUCAAAGACACUUGAGGCUUUUUAGCCAUGCUCAUGUUAAAACAUAGCAUUUACCCUCCAAUGCUGUUGAAAAUUGCCACUGUACAACCAACCUCCUCUCCUGCACUGAGCCAAGUUGAAAGACCCUAUCUGUGUAUGAAUUAGAUCGAUGCACAUCUAUAAGAUAUUUUCUAUUUUUGUUGUCUUUUAAACAGAGCAUUUCGAUUGUGCACUUAUUUUUAUUUUUUCUUCUGUUGCCUUCAAUACUGUAAUUUCACCUAAGGCAGUAGUUUUUAAUUUUUCCUUCAGUACACAGUAAUUUUGUUUCUUAACAUUUCUGCACUUGCCAUGACUAACAAUAAUAACAAUGACGCUAUUAUGAAACAAUAAUAACUUACAGUAUUGCUUUAAUGGAAAAUCCAAAGAUAAAGUAGUCUUACCAUUGGUGCAUACAAAAAACUUUAUACUUUAGAAAAUAUUACUGUUUUUAAAGAAUGGAAAUCUUUUUAGAUGAUGGAGCCAGCUACUGUAUGAGAAUACUGUUUUAGCUAACUUAUUAGAACAUUUGUGACCUCAUUUAUGAAACAACCAGAGAACCAAAAAUAAAAAACAAAACAGAAA